UUACAAGCAAACGUCAAUGUCUAUAGUUGCCUGUAAUAUAAAAAGCUGCCUUUGUCCGAAUAAUGACCAUCUCUCAUCUCCCACAGAUCAGAAGCACAAGUCCUCCACUCUUCUCUAUCUCCAAUGGCAACAGAAUUCGUAACAGACACUACCGUGCCAAACUAUGACCAGGCCGAGACAGAGUCAACAGAGUUCGAGAAGAACCGGAAACGGUACCAAGACCUGAUCUCCACGUUGCCUCACGUGAAAGGCUGGAGGCCGAAAUCUCCCCUAAUUUCUUACGCUGGUCAUUGGUGGAUACAGCCUUUCCUUGAAGGUUCCCUUUACGCGCAAGAAUUCUUCCAAGCGCGACCCAAUUACUUCCUCGUUUGUAGCUACCCAAAGACAGGUUCUACUUGGCUCAAAUCACUAACAUUCACAAUAGCCAAUCGAUCUCGCUUCGACGAUUCCACAAACCCUCUCCUCAAACGUAACCCUCACGAGCUUAUUCCUUUCAUUGAGAUCCAGUUCCCUCGUUUCCCUAACAUUGAUUGUCUCCAAGACAAAGGGAACCAUCUUUUUUCAACCCAUAUGCCACACGAUUUCUUACCUCAUUCGGUUGUGAAGUCAGGUUGUAAGAUGGUUUACAUCUGGAGAGACCCAACGGACACUUUCAUCUCCUUUUGGAGUUUCAUCAAAAAGCAAAGGUCAGACCGUGGCCCGCUCAAUAGUCUUGAGGACUGUUUUGAUAUGUUCUGCCAAGGUAUAUCGGGGGAAGGUCCUUAUCUUGAUCAUGUCUUAGGUUAUUGGAAAGUUCACCAAGAGAAUCCAGAUAAGAUUUUGUUCCUUAAGUACGAGACUGUGAGUGCUGAUCCUUUGCCUUAUGUGAAGAGAUUGGCUGAGUUCAUGGGUUAUGGAUUCACAGCUGAGGAAGAGAAGAAUGAGUUGUUGAGAAAGUUGUGAAUCUUUGCAGCUUCGAGACGUUGAAGAAUCUUGAAGCUAACAAAGGAGAUAACGAGAGACAAGACCAUCCUUCUCCUUAUACUAACGACAUGUAUUUCAGGAAAGGAAAGACCGGAGAUUGGGAAAAUUAUCUGACUCCAGAGAUGGCAGCUCGUAUGGAUGGAAUCAUGGAAGAGAAAUUCAAGGGUACUGGUUUGCUUGAAUAUGGCAAAUGAUAGUUCUUGUUCGGGGGAAAUGACUGAUCCUUGUAUCUAUACUAUUAAAAGAGAAGGAGUCUAAAUAAAUCUACUUAAAAAAGUUGUUUGGACCCUUUCAUUAUACUAACAU